AAACGCAGGCUAAUCGCGGGCUAAUUGUCGACACAAAUGUGCGUAUGAACACGUGGAGAAGAAGGAGCGGCACGCCAAUGAUUGUUGCGGAUCGCGUGCCAAAUUACCCCCCCUCUGACGAAAUAGGGAUACGCAUUUUCGAAGGUACGAAAGGGGGCGCAAAAGAUUUCGAGGUGCUAAAAUAAAAGCGAAACAACGUUAGGCCCACGAGAACGGCGAGCCCGUGGCGCGCAGAAGGGUGACUUUUUUGCAGUACGUGCGAGUCCAUCGAAAAGCAAGUAUAUCGCAAGAACCCAUAUCCCCAGUAUCCCAAGAAAAUCCUCUCGGAAAAUCCUCGACUGUAUCGUGAAGAAAACCCAAAGGGCAUCUCGAUAUUGAAGUGAAUUUGUCGAAAUUAUCAUGUGGGACGACGAACCUGCGCCAUGGGAUUUGGAAGAAACCGCUCCCGAUGCAGCUGUCGAAGGUGCAGCGGAAGGUGCGCCAGCUGAAGGAGCCGCUCCUGAGAAGCCGGUUCUAAAAUUGGAAAAGAUUGAACCACCCCAUUACAAUCAUCAUUGGGUUCGACCAUUGUUCCUUAACUAUGCCUAUCUUUAUGAUUAUAGGAAGAAUUAUUAUGACGACGUGAUCGACUACCUAAAUCAAAGGCAGAAGGGCAUAUUUCGCGAGCCACCUAGGGCCCAGGAAUGGGCAGAAAGAACCCUGAGAACGUACGAUCAGAAAAAUAAAGAUAAGAGCUUCAAACGUUCGGCUGAUAUGAAGUACAUCACAAAUAUGGAACUCACGUCUAGACAUUAUAGUUAUCAUACUCGCGCUUAUUAUAGCCUUAAAUAUCAGAAGAUCUUGUAAGGAAAUUUAUUUCCUACUCUAUUAAAAGCGAAAAAAGUAAUCAAGAAAUCAUUUAAACAUAUUCAUACAUAUAUAUCUAUCAAAGGAAGCAUCUAUUUAUUAAUAUUU